AUGACAGUCAUUGCCAACGAUAUUGUACCGAUCCAUCCUUACAAGACGAACGUUUUGAACAUAGCGAUGGGUCAACGAUACGACGUCAUUGUCAAGGCCGACCAAGUAUCCGUUGCCAAAACUUCUGGCUACGUGCGAUUCCACAAAAUGCCUGUUCGGAAAACGCAAACCCAGCCAAUUUCAAGCGGUGUUGAUGAGGAUAUGUCGAACCUGACCCCAAUUGUCUCUAAAAUAGUUUCUCGUCCUUUCUAUAAUAAGUCUGAGCCAGUCUCGCUGGGUAAGAACGGAGGGAGUCUUUAUCGGUGGAAGCUCAACUCAACUUCGAUGCAUGUAGAUUGGACGGAUCCAACACUUUUGGAGAUAUAUCGUGGUCACCAUAACUGGGCCAAUUCCAGUGGAGUUAUUGAGCUUCCCCACAAGAAUGUGUGGACCUAUAUUGUCAUCGAAACGUCGAUGUCAGUCCCGCAUCCAAUCCAUCUUCAUGGCCAUGAUUUUGUGAUUCUCGCCCAGGGAAGUGGAGCGUAUACCGGGGACAUAAGCACCCUUGCUACCCCGCCGAAGCGUGAUACAGCUAUGUUGCCUGAGAAUGGAUAUCUGGUCAUCGCAUUCAAAACUGACAACCCGGGUGCUUGGUUGAUGCAUUGUCAUAUUGGAUGGCAUACCGAGGAAGGAUUUGCGAUUCAAUUUGUGGAGCGGUAUAGUGAGAUCCAGGCAUUGGUUGACUACGAUAUCCUCCAUUACAAUUGCGAAGCCUGGGAUACCUUCCAGAAGGGGCUCGGUGCGCAAGAAGAUGAUUCGGGGAUUUAG